AUGAUUUCUUCAUUCAUAUUGAAUGAGAAAUACAAGAUUGCACAAGCUAAACUGGUGCACAAACAGAAAGUGCAAAAGGAGAAGGAGCUGAGGAAGAACAUGCUUUCAAUAUCUCUUCAACAGCUUGUGACACUACAGUCUGAAAUUCUUCAGCUAUCUGUAGAGUAUGAAAGGCAGGCCAAUCACUGCUGUGGCAUCAAAGAACGAUCCAUUACUGCCUCAACCAAGGUGGUUGAAGACCAAAACAAGCGUGAAGCCGCCAAGUUUGGCACAACACCAACAUCUAGUUCAUCAGCUCCACCUCCAAUCACACAGGCCAGUGAGACUGCACCUUCUGCACCUGAGGAAACUGAAAGAGCAACGGAUAAUGUUGCGCCUGAAGAAAUUCCCAGGGCGACUGAAAGUGUCGUUCCUGAAGAACCUGACAGGGUGACUGCAUCAGUCACGCCCGAUGAAUCUGCUCCAACCAAUUCCUCAACAACAACUCCACCAAUGGCUUCAUCUUUGAAGCUUAUCACCCUUCCUUCUACAUCAGAAACAAAGAAGACGAAAGCUGCCUAG